AUGCAACCGCCUUGUAUUGUUAAGACAAGAACGCAAAACCAUAAACUACUUUGCAAUAGACAUUCGCAAUUCAAUCUACUUUCCUCCCGAUUACCAUUAAAAUAUGUCGAAUUCCAUAGAACUAGCACAACAGUUUUAACUGUUCUAAAUUUAAGGCCACAAUCGGUACAAAAAUUUGAAAAUAUGGUUGUGACGUAUAAUUCGCGAAAUCCAGGGAGGUUUAUACCAUGGAAGAAUUCUUUUGCCUUCAGAAUACCCAAUGAAGCUCCAAAUAUCGUAUUGUUAACUCCAAAUGGACGUUUCGAAAUACAUCGAAAAAUAUGUUUAAGUAUUUCAGGAUAUCAUCCCGAAUCAUGGAGACCAUCAUGGUCUAUUCGUACUGCAUUGUUAGCAUUGAUUGGAUUCAUGCCUACUCAUGGUGUCGGUGCAAUCGGCUCACUUAAUCAACCAAAAGAAGAACGUCAAUUAUUAGCUCGCAAAUCACAGAGUUAUGUUUGCAGUAUAUGUGGACCAACUAACAAUUUACUUCUGCCCUUAACUACAGCUUCAUCAUCAAUGAAUAAAGAAGCCAGUGAGGCUGCUGCUCAAAUAUCUAUGAUGAGUGAGGAAGAAUUUAGGAAUAAAAAAGCAUUCACUAAUUCAAACACACCUACCACUACUACUACUACUACUGCUAACAAUAAUGAUCAUCAUACAAAUUCUCUCUUCGGCAUUACAUCACAAUCGAACUUAUCAUCUGGGAAUCUAAUUAAUCCAUCGUUAACACCGUCCACUUCUUCAUUUACUGCUACUCCAUUUGCAAUGCCUUCUCUGUCUUCUCCUACUCAAAGCAAUACUGCUAACAUUGCUGAAAAUAUGAAUUCAUAUCUAUGGACUGGAUUUCCCUCAUAUAUUAUAUUACCCUGUAUCACAUUUCUUAUGAAUGCAAGCUCAUCAUCAUCAGUAGCGACUGGAUUAAAUUCGACAACUGAUAGUGGUACAGCUAGUGGGGAACGUGUACCUUUAAGUUUUGGUGAAUGGUUAAAAGAAAUUCGAGAAAAAGAAAAAUCUACAGGUACUUCUGUUCAAGAUACAGUAUCUCCUUCCUCUUCUACUACUACUACUACUACUACCAUUAUUGAUACUACUCAAGUUACUUAUAUAUCACACAGUAAUGAGAGCAUUAAGCCAACAACUUCAAAAACAUUAUCACCGGCUAAUCAAAGCAAAGAAGUUGUUGAUUCAUCAGAAAAUCAAGUUCAUACAAUAACUGAAACAGUUUCUUCACAAAAUAAAAAUGAAUCAGAUACUAAAGAGUUAUCUUCAUCCAGUAUAACUGAUAAAUCACCGGAAUAUGAUUCAAUGAAACAAACAAACUCACAUGAACAUAAAGUUCCAGAUAGUUCAUUAGUUGAUGGUGGUACAUCAUCGAAAACUAUUGGUAACAGUAAUACUAUAGAAACUAAUGAAUCAUGUAAAGAGAAUAAAAGUGAAACACAAAAAACAGAUAGAUUACAUCAUAGAAUAAUGAAUCAAUCAAUGAAUACAUUAAACCAUCAUGAUAAUAAUCGUAUAUCCAAUGAACAUAUUAGACAAUCUACAUCAUUUGUUCAAUAUCAUACAGCAACAGUAUGUGCUGUUGGUGUAGCUAUUGCUUUAUUUAUUAUUGUUAUGCGUCGAUUAGCAAUCAUAUUCCAAGAGGUUUAAUAUAAAAUAAAGUGGUGGUGGUGCUGCUGCUGGUGACAGCAGAAACUAAAUUUCUUGUAACUAUAUGAUUAUUUCACUUCAAAAUUAUUGAUUCGUAUAUUCAAUGAAUCAAUUCAAAAUCUCAUCUUAUGUACCAUAGUAAAAAAAAACAAGAACAAAACUCGAAAACCCUGGAGGGGGGGUCUUUUGUUUAUUGAUUUUUCCACUGCCUUACCAACUUCAUUUAAGCUUCCAUUCUAUUAAAGUAUUUCAUAAUGACAUUCUUUUCUUUAUAUUAAUAUAAAGGCUAUGAUCAUUUUUUUUUGAAUGUUUAUCUAAUUAAUACACCAUAGUUACAAACAUUGAAUAGAAAUAGUCGUAUAACAUGUUUACUCCCUUAAAUAAAUUAGUUACUAUGACAACUUUAUGAUUCUAACAGGACACCUUUAUUUACCAUUUUGAUUAUUUAAGAAAUGAUUAUAAUAAUAAGUUUAUCUUUUAUUUAAUUUUCUUUGUUUAUGAUUUGAUUUAUAAAGUAAAUUUUGUUUCAUCUCAAGUAGUAAGUCAAUAUAAAGUAUCUAGAUGUAAAUGUAUAACUUGUAAACAAAAUGAAUAAAACUAUGAAUGAAUAGUUGUUACUCAAUUGUUGUGUAAUAAAUAGUAUAUAGAUACGCUUCAAAUGAAUUAUCUUUGAAAUGACUCAAUAUGUCAAUGUGAAUAAUAAAUAUUACUGUGCGG